UUUAGUAGUCAUUUACUUGUGAGGAGGAAAUAUCUAACCGUCAUAAUUAGCAUAAUAGUGUCUGCAGUUGCGACUACCCGUAAAACACCGAUUUUAGUUCACAUAGUGGCCGAAGGAAUAAAAGCGACUGUCUGGACACUAUACAUCGACACAAUGGCUGAAACAUGCAACAAGGAGAGAGGACGUUCAGAUGGCCGCGGAGAAAGCGACGCAGAGAACGAGGCAUCGACUCCGCUGACCAACGCUGAGGCCGUUCGUGGUGCUGAAGUCCAGUGGCGACGAGUCCCUCCUGAUGGGGGCUGGGGCUGGGUAGUCACUCUCGGCGGCGCUGUCAGUGCGAUGUUGAUACCGAUGCUGAGUCCUUGCUUCGGAAUUCUGUUCUCGCCGCCCUUGCUGGCGUCCGGAGCCAGCACGUCGACAAUUGCAAUCAUCUUCAACACGUUCAUGGUGAUGUGGAAGGUCACCGGAACUUUAAUAGGAUCUCUAGUUAAGGAAUUCGGAUAUCGCAAGGUCGCCAUGACUGGAAAUCUGAUCGUGGUCUGCUCGAUGGUCGCCUGUGCCUUUUCCACGUCGCCGGGAUAUAUUCUCAUUUUCUUUUCGCUGUGCUGUGGAUUCGGCGCGGGCCUGUCCAGCACCCGCUUCCUCAUCUUGGCUCAGUACUUCGACAAGCGCCGCGGACUCGCCAACGCCUGUCUGACGGCCGGUGUCGGACUUGGCCACUUCCUCAACCCACUCUUCAUCCGCUUCCUGCAAAAGGAGUACAGCUACAGAGGCGCCACUCUGAUCAUCGGGGGCUUCAUCUUCCACGGCGUCGCUGCGGCUGCACUCUACCAUCCCGUCGAGUGGCACAUGAAGGUUGUGCGAGAUGACACUCAGUCUCAAGGAACUGGGGAGAAGCCUCUGAUGUCUGGUAAUGCAAGCGAGGAAAACGAGGAUUUAGAGGAGAUUCACCUUAAAAAGGUAGAGAACAAAGAGCCUCCCAAACUGCAGACACCGACUGUGUUGCGGUUGAAGUCCAGGGAGCGACACGACAGCCUAACUUCCCAGACCUCCGAGGACUCAGCCAGGUACCAACCGCUGACUCUCUCAUCCCUAGACCUCAGCAGUGUCGCGUCCUUGCCCGUUUCUCAAGACGAAGAGCCAGAGCAGGAUAAAAGCCCGCUGCCAGAGUCGGAAUCGCGAAUUCGUGCCGUGUACCACACAAUCAUUCGGGUUUUGCGCUCUGUCGUUAAGGACAUUAGCAUCCUGAGGUCACCCGUAGCAGUGAUCAUUGGCCUGUCGGCGACCUUUUGCGUGAGCGGACACACCAACUUCACCAUGAUGGUUCCGUUUGCACUCCAGGCGGCGGGCCACUCCCUGGAGACGGCAGCCUGGAGCAUUUCCACGGCGGGAAUCGCCAACCUGGUGGUGAGGACGAGCGUCUCAGUGAUGUCGGACAAGAAAUGGUUUAAUAUGCGGAUCUGCUACAUGAGCAGCAUCGUUAGCCUUGCGUUUUCUAUUUUCUUGUUCACCUUCAUGACGGACGUCGUCAGCAUAACGGUCGUGAUGUCACUGAUGGGCUGCAGCGUCGGAGGCUUCCAGGGCAUGAACAACCUGCUGAUGGCAAGGACGAUCGGACUGGAGAGACUCACCUCCAUGUUCAGCACGACGAGCCUUUUGGUGGGAAUUGGCUCUAUGUCCAUCGGGCCUUUUGUGGGACGGAUUCGUGAUAUCACCGAGAGCUACGCGAUCAGCAUGAGAGUGUUGAGCUGUUUCAUCUUCAGCAGUUUCUUACUGUGGCUCUUCAUGCCCGCCGCCCAAGGGUACGAGGAACGCAGGAAGGAAGGGCAGCGUGACGCACCUAAGAAUCCAUUGUAACCUUAUCGUCUUUAAAAAUGAAACCAUUCGAAUUGUUUUCGGAACACAGGCAUCCUUAAGGGCCCCCACCCUUGUGGACCCCUUCACCUACACUGCUGCAUAUACAUAUAUAGACACACUUAUACAAGGGAAGAUAAGGGAUAGCUUCUCUGAGUGUCACAUGCUGGAUUUAAGAUUAUAUUACUUAAAUGUGGUACUGUAUUUGUGUAUAAAAUACCAGUAGCUUUGUUUGAAGAGUAAUAUGAAAUUAUAUGAAUACACAUGCUCAAUACCACUAUCAUAUUAAUUUAAAAUAUGCCAAAUGGGCAUUGUUUCACAAAAUUAUUUGGAGCUGAAAGUGAGUCUGAUGUAACUGAAUAAAUCGUGUUUCAUAAUAUUAUAUUCAUUUUAUAUAUAUUAAAAUAAAACUGAAUUAUAAGUUAAUGAAAUACCUAAGUUAUUUCUUUUUUUAAACUACAUUUCUGUUUUUAUUCUACUUUAUUGGGAUAGAAAAUUUACCAUAUUGAUGUUAAAAUAAUAUAGCAUACCAUUUCACAUGGAAAGUGUAAUAGGAAGGACACUAACAUUUGAACUCUGAGAAACAAAUAGUGUACGCAAUGCACCUCUGAUUUUCAGAAUUACUCCAUCUCUAAUUUUUUCAGAUAAAAUACUCAGUUUUACCUUUAUAUUGUAAUUUUCCAAUUACUAUUGUUUUUUUAUGCUGUACUGAGGAUGUUCCAUUCUUCCAGAUCAGUAAUAGCCAGAUAAUAUAUUUCACUGAAAAGUACUAGUCAUAUUUUAUUGAUGCAAGAAUAUUGCUUUCACCAUGUAUAAUAUAAUUAAUCUGUAUAUUUUUUAGGUAUACUAGUGAAACAAAGAAAUGAGAAAAAUGCAAAAGUUUAUUUGUUGAAAAGUUUAGUAUAAAAAAUAAUAAUGUCUUUUACAAAGUUAUGGCACAAAACGUUAGAUAAGUUAGUGUUUUACCCAUCCGCAACCACACUAUAUGCAAACGGGAGCAGCCAACUAGAACAAGUUAGAAGCAAAAAUAUAAUGGAAUGCUGGGAAUACUCCUUUUACAAUUACUGAUAAUUCAAGAAAAUAAAAGUGAAUAAGUAAAAUUACUUCCAAGGAGAAAAAAAAAAGAAUUAGAAUCAUGACAUUCUUAGUGAAAAAAAUAGAAAAUGGGAGAGUUCAAGUAUAAACAAAGAAUUUUAGAUAAGAUGAUCACCAGACCGAACGGGUGAUGAAUGAACCACAUUCAGAGAAGGUAGAGCCUAGGUACUGGAUGUAGCUGGGAGAGGAGAAAGUUUUAAACUGACAAUGUCUAGAGAACACAAAAAAGUCCCUACAGAACAUUUAAAGAAAUUUGACAAGCUUAAAUCAUACAAUAUAAAUUACCAAUGAAUGAGCAAAUCAAGUUUGACAAUCCCUUUUGCCUGGGAUCUGGAGCUUCAGUAAAUAAAAUUUU